AUGGCGAAUCUUUUGAGAAGACUUCAUUGGUUCGCGGUUGUAUCUCUCGUGGGGGCGACCGUCGCUCAGACUACAACGAGUGACGCGACAACAGAAGCUCCUAGGAGCAGCUCGACAGAAGACUGGACGCCCCCCACCACGCCACCACCAACACAUGCUCCAUUCCCCAGUGCAAGCGCCAUACCUCUGCCCACAGAAUUUUCGGACAUCCCCAAAUCGAUUGUCGAAUGUUGGGACUCGCUCAUAUCGUAUGGCGUAACCCGUGACUUCCUUGUUCAACAGCUGGCGAGUGGGGCGGUUUACUCAUGGUCAGACUAUGACACGCCAACUGUGACUACCAACACCUAUGAAUGGCCUGUUGUGAGUUGCUCCACAAGCUAUCCCGGACUGACCACGCUUUGCGACGGUUACCCCCGUGCGAAUGACUGCUAUGAACAGUGCACAACCAUUCGAAGUUCGUCGUCCACAUUGCAAUUCACCCAGACUGGGACAGGUGGAUGGCUCACUCCAACCUGGUCUACUGAGCUUCAGCAACUACCUAUUCCAACUUGCACGGUUGCCGAGGAUCUAAGCCCUGAAUGUUCUCGCCUUGCAGAAGCGUACACCUGGCGGACCUCACAUAUUGAUCCAACGGCCUCGAUAUCAGCACCUCCUUGUGCUGUCUCCUUACCGCCUACGAUCGAACCAUCCCCACCUGCGAAAGCAAGAUGCUCCAUGCACGCAGAGUCCUAUGAAGCGUAUUAUUGGCCAACUCCGAGUCAAUCUAACUCGGAAGCAUUUUGCAACAACGGUACAAAUCCGACUGACACGCCUACUAUACCAGGACGCCCGAACACGGCCGUCGUAUCCGGUCUGACGUUCACAAGCCCGUAUAUCUACCAUAUCCUACACAAUGCUACGGUCUACAAAUACGCCGGUCAAUCCUCUUCAGUAGCCUACGGCAUUGGCAGCGCAAUCUACAGCAUCUCGAGCGAGCUCCCGAAACUCACUUUCGCGCAAGCCACAAACUCCAUCCUGGCCCAGAGCAAGGAGUGCCACAGGUCCAAUCAUCACGGUGCGGUGCACUGCACCAUCUCAUACAAACCAGACUUCGCUAUUCAAGAUCUGUUUACUGCCAACGCGAAGGCUUACUAUGGAGAGGAACUGGCCACUCCGACCACGGCGACUAUUUGUCAGGCAAGCUAUGCGCCUACAAUUGGUCUCCCGUUGGGAGAAGUCGCAUCGCAGAACAGAAUUGGUGAGGACUGCGAGUGGACAUUUGCGCACAGUGGGAGGACGACACUGCUUGAUGACAAUAUGUUCAGUGUUGCCAGGUUUGGUUCGAAUGACUACCACGCCAUUACGACGACCCCUGGAGCUUCUCGGUCAGGCAUGACCGCUGUCGCGUCGCCCACUCCUACAAAUUAG